GCGUCAGCCUUGAUGAAAACUACACAAACAUGAAGUCUGGGGUGUACACAUUCCGGGCACACGUCACCAUCUACCACAAUGUGCAUUCGUUCGGGCCUAGCUCCCGUCCUGAACAUCUGCAGUUGUACUUCUAUGAUGACGACCCAAACCUUAAUCAUCGUAAGGCGGCGACCAAUCAAUUAGACCAGGAUGUCGUGAAGAUGUUAGUAGACAUACUCAAAGAAAACCCAUACUCCCAGCAAUUUAGGAGUUUGGGUGCACACAAGGACAACCUCGAUGAUUAUAGGAUAGACCUAAACACCGAUAAGAGGCUUAACCAAAGAAGAUAUAAUAGACCGCUGUCAACUGAGGUUGCUGCAAUUUGGGUUGAGGGCAGUGACCUAGCCAAAAGGUUUGACAGGAGGAUAACGCUUUGUGGUAACAACAACGAAAGGCACAGUAUACGUGUGACCUCCGGAGCAUAUGAUCCGUUGUCUUAUCCCCUAUUCUAUCCAAGGGGGGAGCUAGGUUGGCACCCAAAGCUACCUAAACGUAAUGUUCCAUGGGAGGUUGUACAACAUCCUCAACUGGGCCAUGAUGAUGAGGAGGAUGCAGGUAUGUCGUUUGUGUCCGAUUUGGUUACAAAUAAUAUAUUAUUUCUCAAAAGUAUCCUCAUUUUCGUGGUACUCAAUCAUGUGCAGAGGGGAAUAGCAGGUUAUGCGUCUCCGUUAGAGACUACUACUGUUACAUGCUGCAAACACGGCCUGCGAUCUUCAAUCCCAUACUCUGUGGAGCACGCCUGCUGCAGCAAUGGGCGGUCGACAUGUACAUCAAGAUUGAGAGUUGUCGGUUGAGGUGGUAUAGGAAGAACCAGACGCAGAUUCGUGCUGACUUGUAUAAAGGAGUUGUUGAUGCGAUCACAUCGGGGGAGACGAGAGCAAGCGCUGUUGGCACCCGAAUAGUUCUCCCUGGAACAUACCCUGGUGGCGACCGCGACAUGAAGAAGAGGCAUAUGGAUGCCAUGGAAAUUGUCCAUACAUACGGGAAGCCUGACAUCUUCUUGACCAUGACUUGCAACCCUAAAUGGGAAGAGAUAACAAAUGAGUUGCUUCCUGGUCAGACGGCGCAAGACCGACCUGAUAUUGUGGCUCGCGUGUUCUACGGCAAACUAGAGGCUAUGAAAUACAUGUUGUUCAAGAAGCAUAUCCUGGGUGUUGUGGUCGCUUACGUUUACGUAGUCGAGUUCCAGAAGAGGGGCCUCCCCCAUGCACAUUUUCUGUUGAUCAUGGAUUCAACAUAUAAGCUUGUCGUCCCGGAGCAGUAUGACCGACUAAUUUCCGCAAAGCUCCCAAACAAGCAGAAGUAUCCGGAAUUGCAUGCAUUGGUGGUAAAACAUAUGAUGCACGGACCCUGCGGUGCUCUCAACCCGAAGAAUGUUUGCAUGCAAGAUAACGAAUGCAAGUGCAGAUACCCACGCCCGUUCAAUGAGAACACAGCACAAGGCAAGGACUCAUACCCAGUUUAUCGGCGUAGAGACGAUGGAAGCUGUGCUAAGGUCCGAGGGAAAAUGUUGGACAACAGAUGGGUUGUGCCUUAUAACCCUUACCUUCUGCGGAUGUUCAAUUGCCACAUCAACGUUGAGGUCUGCUCUAGCAUAAAGGCCGUCAAAUAUCUUUACAAGUACAUUUACAAGGGCCAUGAUAAGGCUUCUUUCAGCAUCGACCAGCCCGAUGCCGAUGGUAACAUCGAUGAGAUCAAGAGAUACGUUGACGCAAGGUGGGUCACCCCUCCGGAGGCUAUGUGGGUCUGCUCUAGCAUAAAGGCCGUCAAAUAUCUUUACAAGUGCAUUUACAAGGGCCAUGAUAAGGCUUCUUUCAGCAUCGACCAGCCCGAUGCUGAUGGUAACAUCGAUGAGAUCAAGAGAUACGUUGACGCAAGGGUUGCAUUCAAUGCGCAGGCUGACUUGAAAAAUGUUGCCGCCUCCGAAAAUGCUUCAAAAUCCAUGUUAACGGGGUCGCAUCGUGUCUGCCAAUCCUGCCGAGGGGGAGCGAUACUACCUGCGUGUGUUGCUAAACCAUGUUACGGGCAAAACACAUCCUUCGACGACUUGCUCACCGUGGACGGCGUGCUAUGUGGGAGCUUUAGAGAUGCUGCUGAAAGGUUGGGACUCAUCGAGGCAGACAACACGCUCGACGACUGUCUUACUGAGGCUGAGCAGUGGGCGAUGCCAUGUUCUCUUAGGAGGCUCUUCGCAACCAUCUUGGUGCACUGCGAGCCAGGCGACAUGCACGGUUUAUGGGAUAGGCACCUUGAGCCUAUGUCAGAUGACUAUCGUCGAACACGCACGUCCCCGAACGAGGUGGAGCAGAUGGUGUUGCUUGACAUUAGGGGUAUGUUGCAGUCCAUGGGUAAAGACAUUGUUGAUUUCGCUCUGCCAAGCAUCGAUGAUGCGUUUGACCCAAUCGAGGGCGAGGCAAGAGAGGUCAUCGAGGAAUCAACCGUUGAGUUUGACAUGGAUGACACUAAAUUGGCAUCUUCCCGGAACUUGGAGCAGAGGGCCGCAUACGACGAGAUACUAGCGGCUGUUGAACGCGGUGAUGGGGGUGUAUUCUUUGUUGAUGGCCCUGGAGGUACAGGAAAGACCAUCCUAUACAGGGCGAUGCUUGCCAAGGUGAGGAGCGAUGGCAAGAUUGGUAUCGCUACCGCGACGUCGGGCGUCGCCGCUUCUAUCAUGCCUGGCGGCUGGACUGCCCACUCGAGGUUCAAGAUCCCAUUGAGUUGCAAUGAUGGAGCCUCGUGCAGCUUCACCAAGCAGAGUGGGACCACGAAGCUGCUAAGGAUGGCCUCAUUGAUAAUAUGGGACGAGGCCAGCAUGACGAAGCGACAAGCGGUCGAGGCAUUGGACAAUAGCAUGCGCGACAUUAUGGGAAUACGCGACCGACCCUUUGGAGGAAAGACUGUUGUUUUUGGUGGGGACUUUAGGUAG